AUCAUCAUGUGAUGUGCCACGCAGGCGGUGCAACAGACACACCAGAGAACCAAAGAGCGAACGAGAGACAGGAAAGAUAGGUCGGUCGAAGCACACAAACAUGAGAGCAGCAAUCACGUUGGUACUGGUGGCGGUUAUUUCGGCGGCAUGCCCAUGCCUUUCGUUCCUGCGGUGCUCCUCACCGCGCCUGAGCAGGAGCGGUGCUCCAUGUUCAACUCGUUCAGGACCGACAGGGUCAAGGGCAAACAUUCAGCCUUCUUGCGUGAAGCCAGCCGCGGCAUUGGCAUCCUGGGCUUUGGCAAUACGAACAACAGCAGGUGCGAGAUCGACUGCGCUGAGGAUGGCUGGGGACGAGGGCGAGACGGAGGUGGCGGUGGGCAUGCCGAAGCCGCCGGUUGAGCCUUUGCAGGAGAAGAGCAACCUGCCGUUUUUCCUGGAUCCCAGCACGAGGGGAGGAGCUGUCGUGGUGCCCACGUUGUCUCUAUUGCUGCCGCUGGGGGCAUAUGGGGCGCUGACGGCUGUUGGGGUGGACGGAUCAAAAGCAGGGGCAUGGGUGGGUGUGGGAUACACGCUGAUCGGCCUCAUCGCCUGGGUGGGCUCGUACUUUUUCCGAGUCGCGACGAAGAACAUGACGUACGCUGUCCAGUUGAAGAAUUACGAGCAGGCGGUGAUCGAGAAGCGCUUCAGCGAGUUGGAAGAGGAAGAGGUCGAUGCGUUGCUCGACGAAGUAAACGAACAAUGAAUCGAUGGGUUGCACAUGAGCCGUACAAGUUCCGUCGUUGCCGAUGGGUCUAAACUUGGCGAAGAAUGCUGUAGGUGAAGCGGGAGGGAGAAAUGAGGGCGCGGCGCUAAUGUGGUAAUCUCCGGACGUUCCCUCUGUUACCGUAAGUCGUGCUGCGACUUGCUCGGGAUCGGUCACGAUGGAACGACAAUCUUUUUUUUGGCGCCGGGUUCCGAAUCCUCUACUCACAUCACUAUCUGCUUCUCCGACACAUCUCUACAAAUGUGUCCCAUAACGCCAACUUGACGCUCGUCAAUAAAGCCAGACUUUGCGAUACGUUGACCGUGCUGACCACUUCGGUGCUCCUCGUUAUAUUCCAAGCCCGUGGAUAGCCUUGGAUAUGUGUCCACGCGCCCAGAAGUAACGGGGCAUGGUGUAGAAAAGUAAUGUGGAAUCACGCUGGGGGGGGGCAACUCUUUACAGUGAAGAAGCUGCAACAUCAGAAUAAAUGUUACGCUUGUACAUGUGCAUAUGCCAUUGGUGAGGAGCGUCUGCGCAAGAGACAGGGAGACACAAAACAACGACGACGAUGGUGCCACCCCUGAAUCCUUCCCACCGGACGGCAACGGGCACUGCGUUGUGUCCGAGGAAGGCGAGGGUAUAUCAAUUGGACAGCACCCUUCCGCAAACACUUCGAGGAUUCACAUCAGUGGGACUCCCCAAUUGCAUUUUCAGGUCUCAGUUAUCAUGUCAUGUGAAGUGACAAGAAUUUUCAAAUCGUUUUCUUGGUCCGGUACCAUUUUCUCUCAGCUCUACUAAACGUACGAGCACAAGAUGGCCGUGGUACCUUCGCGCGGCGUAGACCUCGACUUGUGUCGAACGAAUUUUCAAACGAAGCGACACCGAUGCCAAAAACAGGCAUGUUUCGUGCUCCUGCCCACAUCAGUAGCAUCGUCACGUCAUGUACGUAUUUUU